AUGAGCGAGCGCGAUGAAAAAUCACCAAAGAAGCCGAAGACGACGUGUGUGGACGAGCGCGGGGGCACGAACCCGCACACCGGACUCGCGCUAAGCGAUAGGUACUAUGACAUCCUGUCCAAGCGCAAGACCUUACCGGUGUGGUUGCAGAAGGAGGAGUUCGCGGCGACGCUCGCGAAGAACCAGACUAUGAUUCUUGUCGGGGAAACGGGGAGCGGGAAGACGACGCAAGUGCCGCAGUUUGUCGUUGAUUCGGGAUACACGACGGAUGGGAAGAUGUGUGUGUGCACGCAGCCGAGACGUGUUGCGGCGAUGAGCGUGGCGAAGCGCGUUGCGGAUGAGAUGGACGUGAAUAUUGGAGAGGAGGUGGGGUACUCGAUUCGUUUCGAGGAGGCGACAGGACCGAGGACGGUUUUGAAGUACGCCACAGACGGUAUGCUCCUCAGGGAGGCGAUGACAGAUCCGCUCUUGUCGAGGUACUCGGUGAUUGUGAUCGAUGAAGCGCACGAGCGAACGCUGGCGACGGACAUUUUGUUUGGUUUAUUGAAGGAGAUUUUAAUCAAGCGCAAAGACUUGAAGUGCGUGGUCAUGUCCGCCACGCUCGAGGCGGAGAAGUUUCAGGGGUACUUUUUGGACGCACCGCUCAUGAAGGUGCCCGGUAGAAUGCAUCCGGUGGAGAUAUUUUACACUCAGGAACCGGAGCGAGACUAUUUAGAGGCGUCCAUUCGAACGGUGACGCAAAUUCAUCAGUGCGAGCCCCCGGGAGACAUUUUGUUGUUCUUGACGGGUGAGGAAGAGAUUGAGGAUGCGUGCGGAAAGAUUCGACGAGAGAUUCAGAACUUGGGCGACGAAGUUGGAGUGGUGAACGUUGUUCCACUCUAUGCUACGUUGCCGCCGGCGAUGCAGCAGAAGAUUUUCGACAAGGCUCCGGAGGGGAAGCCAGGGAAGCCGCCGGGACGCAAAAUCGUCGUCUCCACCAACAUAGCCGAAACCUCGUUGACGAUUGAUGGUAUCGUGUAUGUGAUCGAUCCGGGGUUCUCCAAACAGAAGGUGUUCAACCCGAGGAUUCGCGUUGAGUCGCUCCUCGUUUCGCCCAUCUCUCGAGCCUCUGCACAACAGCGAGCUGGUCGUGCCGGUCGUACGCAGCCGGGUAAGUGCUUCCGUUUGUACACUGAGCAAUCCUUCAAGAAGGAUUUGCAAGAGCAAACCUACCCGGAGAUUUUGCGUUCGAAUCUCGGGAGCGUGGUCCUGCAGCUCAAGAAGUUGGGCAUAGAUGAUUUAGUGCACUUUGAUUUCAUGGAUCCGCCAGCGCCAGAGACGCUGAUGCGGGCGCUAGAGUUGCUCAACUAUCUGGGCGCUCUGGACGACGACGGCGAGCUCACAACUGUUGGUCAAGUCAUGGCGGAGUACCCUUUGGAUCCGCAGCUGGCAAAAAUGCUCGUCACCUCGUGCGAAUUUAAGUGCUCCAAUGAAGUUCUGUCCAUCGUUGCCAUGCUCUCCGUUCCGCAGGCGUUCAUUCGCCCGAGAGACCAAGCUGAGCAGGCAGACGCGGCAAAGGCGCAGUUUGCUCACGUGGAUGGCGAUCACCUGACACUACUGAACGUCUACCACGCCUACAAGCAGGCUAAGGAAGAUCCGGAUUGGUGCUGGAACAAUUACAUCAGUCAUAGAGCGAUGAAGAGUGCGGAUAACGUGCGUACGCAACUCGUGCGCAUUUGCCAGCGCUUCAACCUGCCGCUGGUGAGCACGGAUUUUGCUGCUCGAGAUUACUAUCCAAACAUUCGAAAGGCCAUCCUGAGCGGUUACUUCAUGCAAGUCGCGCACCUCGAGCGUGGUGGACGCUACUUGACGGUCAAGGAUAACCAGGAGGUGAUGCUGCACCCGUCCACGUGCCUCGACCGCAAGCCGGAGUGGGUAUGCUACAACGAGUUCGUCCUGACGUCGAAGAACUACAUUCGCACGUGCACGGACGUCCGAGGCGAGUGGCUCAUCGAUCUCGCCCCGCACUACUACGACUUAUCAAACUUCCCAAUGUGCUCUGCCAAGGAAGUGUUGAAGCGAUAUUACCACCAGCGCGAUCGAGACGCGAAAAAGUAG